AUUUUUGAAUUCAACCAUAUAGAUAAAUCACUAACAGAAGAAGAUGUUAAAAUCUUAAAACACUUUUAUUCUCAUUACCACAAAAAAUACUGGUGUUAUAAAAAGUGUUAUAAGAGAUACAAAUUUCUUGAUGAUGUUUUUAGUAUUUCUGGAAUAAGCUUGGUUGCAAUUGGAACUAUUGCUGGUGGAAUAACCCUAAACCCUAUUGUUCUCGGAGUUGUAAAUGGUGCUGGAGUUAUUGUAGCUGGAAUUACAAAAAAGAAGGAUUUUAAGAAAAAGAUAGAAAAAACAAAACUGGCAUAUACCACUUAUGAAAAAGUUUUGGUUGAACUGCGAUCAGCACUCAGAGGUGAUGAGUGGAAUAAACAAGAAUUUAUAGAUCGUAUUAAAAUAUUAGAUGAAAUAAUAAUUGAUCAUUGCCCAUCAAGUGCGGAUAACUUUGUUGAGAAGUAUAAAAAAAAAUUCAAUAUAUAG